UCCUCUGGAACCUGCACACUGCACACCUCCCAACUCGUCAGUCCUCACAGUCAUCACGCUCCCGCUACCACGCCUCCAACAAUCAAAAAGCGCUGGCUUUGAUUCCCCCUCCCUCCGCCUUUCCCACCUCUUUUCCCUGUUAGUUUAUCCUCCGUGUCCCCUCCCCUCGAGGAAACUUAAUCGGAUCUCGCUGAGCUCUCGGUCAAUCGCUCGCAUUUCUUUACUAAUCGCCACUUCUUGGAGAGACCAGUUUUUAAUGGCGCUUAUUAUGAAGUGUUUUGUGUUAAACCUCCAAGGAGCAGAGGGAAGCUAGAGAGCCUCCAGAGCCAAGAACACGCUCAGGUACGCCGUACUCGGGCAUCAAAACCUCCUCGGAUUCUCUGCGUGCUGGCGCACAAGAGGGGAGAGAGCUUCCCGUUUCCCAUCAUCCCCACACAGGAGUGCUGCGGCAGUCAGUCUCCACUCUCCACUCCCCCAGUUCGUCCUCACUAGUCACUUCUAUUGGCGGCGGGCGGCGGCGGCGACCGCGGUUCGUCCUGCUCCGCGGCGGCUUCUUGGUGCCGUCUCCGUCUGUGAGGAGUUCCUCCGUGCGCGUCUGGGAAAGGGAGGAGGAAGAAAGGGCUCUUCUUUGAGGACAAAAUCAGCUUCGCUUGAGAUCUUCUGGAGUAUCCCUUCUUCACAGCCAAUCAGAUCUUUGGGCGUAACAAUAUGUCGCCCAAGCGACUACAGGGCGUGGUUAUGUUGUUAAUGCUCAUGGUUCUCAAUGUUUCAGGUGCAUUUGUUGGUAUCACUAUUGGUAAUGAUAUGUCAAACCUACCAUCAGCAACAGAUAUAGUGGCUAUCCUUAAAGCAAAGAAGAUUCAGCAUGUUCGCCUGAUUGAUUCAGACCAUCAGAUGUUGACUGCCCUUGCAAAUACUGGAAUAGAAGUGAUGGUUGGGGUUCCCAAUGAUCAGCUACUUCGUGUGGGGCAAUCUCGAUCCACAGCUGCUGAUUGGAUUAACAAGAACGUUGCUGCUUAUGUUCCAGCAACUAACAUCACAUAUAUUGCAGUGGGUGAUGAGGUUCUUACUAACAUUCCAAAUGCAGCCCUUGUUCUUAUACCUGCAUUGCAGUUCCUCCAAUCAGCACUGUUGGCUGCAAACCUCAAUACUCAGGUGAAAAUUUCGAGUCCACAUUCAAUGGAUAUGAUCUCGAAGGCAUUUCCUCCCUCCACUGCCACUUUCAAUUCGACAUGGAGCUCAAUAAUGUCUCAAUAUCUUCAGUUUCUGAAGAAUACAGGAUCUUCCUUCAUGCUGAAUGCCCAACCAUACUAUAGCUAUGUCGGAGGACAAGGCGUAUUCCCCUUAGAGUAUGCACUAUUCCGCUCACUCAGUCCCAACGGUCAAAUUUCAGAUCCCAACACCAAUCUGUUCUAUACCAAUAUGUUUGAUGCAAUCAUUGAUGCUACUUACAACUCAAUCCAAGCAAUGAAUUUCACGGGGAUUCCUGUUCUGGUCACAGCUUCUGGCUGGCCAUGGCGUGGUGGGCAAAAUGAGAAGGCUGCUACUGUUGAUAAUGCUUUGGCCUACAAUACGAACCUCAUACGUCAUGUACUGAAUAAUUCUGGUACGCCCAGCCAACCAAUGAAUCAGUCAAGCACCUACAUCUUUGAGCUAUUCAACGAGGAUCUUCGGUCAGGACCUGUAUCAGAGAAAAGUUGGGGGAUUAUGUUUCCCAACGCUACUACUGUGUACUCUCUAUCAUUUGAGGACGUGGCCACAACUAUCCCAGAAUCACCAGCUCUGCGCGGGAUGUUUUGUGUGGCAAAUUCAAGUGCACCCCAUGGUGCACUGAAGCAUAGUUUGGAUUGGGCAUGUGGCCCUGGCUCUGCAAACUGCAGUGCAAUUCAGCCUGGGCAACCAUGCUAUGAAUCAGAUAACAUUGUAGCUGUUGCUUCAUAUGCUUUCAACGAUUAUUAUCAUAGAACACAAUCUAGCGGUGGUACAUGCAGCUUUAAUGGCACUGCAAUGAUAACAUCUACUGAUCCAAGCCAUGGUUCAUGCAUUUUCGCUGGAAGCACGGGCGCCAACGGCAGCGACGGCGGUACAGCCUCCGGGCCUGUAAGCCCUGACAGUUUUGCUUCGAAAUCCCAAUCCUGCUGUAUGGUUUCAGUGGUGUACUGCUGUCUUUCUUAUCUUUGCACUUUUAGCCUUUUCGAAAAUGGUUUGAGCCUAAGCGCGGCGGGCAUGUCCUCAUCCUCCUUCCCCACCUCCCGCUUCCCCUUCGCCGCCGGCGCCGGGGCCCCCGGCGGCGGCGGAGGAGGAGGAGGAGGCGGAAGCAGCGUGCGGCCGUGGGGGUCGAGCGGCGGGACGUCGGUGUCGUCGUCUGGUAAGCGGAUACAGAAAGAGUUGCUGGACCUCAACGCCUCCGACUGCUCCGCCGGGCCCAAGGGCGACAACCUCUAUCACUGGCUCUCCACCAUCAUCGGGCCCCAAGGAUCGCCGUAUGAAGGAGGGAUAUUUUUCCUUGAUAUCGUGUUCCCCCCUGAUUAUCCUUUCAAACCUCCCAUGGUAACUUUCAAAACAAGGAUUUACCACUGCAACGUUGAUUCUGCUGGUAAAGUGCAUUUGGACAUAUUGAAGGAUGGCUGGAGUCCAGCUUUCACCAUUUCAAAGGUGUUACUGGCAAUAAAAGACAUCAUCGGCAAUCCAGAUCCAUACACCCCGCUUGUGAUGAGCAUUUCACGUCAGUAUCUUACUGACAGAACUAAACACGAUGAAAUAGCAGCUGAGUGGACAAUGAGGUUUGCAAGAUAGGGAAUUCUGUCUGUAUGUAAGCAAGAUUGAUCUUGUAAAAGAAUAAUCCUUAAUGUGGCCUGAGAUGUAGAAUGUUGGCAAAGGACCCGCGUUUUGUUUAAUCCGAGUUGUGACAUAAAGGUGUAAUUUGUGUUUGAGUAUUACUUGCUGCUUUUAAGCACAGAAUCAUCUCCUUUUUUUUC